CAGUUAGUAACAUAAAGUGAUAUAUUAAGAAAGAAUGGCUUCAUUGCUGCCAUUAUUGCUGGUCACCUCCCUGAUAGCUGUGACAUGUGCCGGCUAUAGCUCCACGAUGGGCGGCGACUCAUCGAGCAGCUCCAACUCGAUUAGCAGCUCGAAAUGUGAUAAGAAUCCGUUGACAGAGCUCACCUUCCAGCUGAGUGGAAGCAACCUUCACUGGCCCUGUGACUCCACCAAGAACAUCUAUGUCCAAUCGGGUCGCUAUGUGCCCAGAAAUGUGAUUGUAACGCGCGCACAACUGCAGCGAGAUUCGGCAUUUGUGGCGUUGCCCCGUUACAAGCAGGGCGUACCUUUUACCCUCGGCAAGGUGAAUCUGAAGAAGGGCGAAUGCUUGACCAAGAUUGCACCAUAUCCCUGCUGGGCCAUACAGGAGGAGGGCAACUGUCAGGCACUGCAAUCCGUUGUCGAUGUUGCCGUGGAUCAAAAUGGUCUGCUGUGGGCCUUGGAUGUGGGCAUUGUCAAUACACUGGAGCAGCCAAUACGCCGCUGCAGUCCCAAAAUUGUGGCCAUUAACACGGCCAACAAUAAGGUGGUCAAGAGCAUUGAUCUGAGCGAUCUGGUGACCUCUGAGAGCCGCUUGCAGUUUAUUGUCGUUGACUACUCCAAGGAUAACAAACCCUUCGUCUAUGUGGCCGAUGCUGGAGCGCGUAGCAUUCUUGUCUAUGACAUUACCAGCAGCAAAUCGUAUCGCAUUGUACUGCCCCGAGCAACAGCACCGACUAAUGAUGUACUCUAUGUGGCACUGACAGCCAAGCCUGAUGGCACCUCAACGCUCUUCUUCAGCUAUUUGAGCUCACCGCGCUUGUACUCGAUUAAGGGCGAAUAUUUAAGGGUGGGCCAGGGCGCCGGCUCCAUCAUAGAUGUGGGACCCAAACCAUUUGGCAAGCAGGCAGUGCUGCUGGGCGCCGAUGGCGGCACUUCGCUCUUUUUCCGCUACAAGGGCGAGAAUGACAUAUAUUUGUGGGACUCGCAGACAUGCUUCAAGGCAUCCAAUCUACAGGAGGUGCAACGCGGCGGCGACUGUCGUCUAUCCACACAGGUGCUGCCGGGACAUAAAAGAUUCAUGUGGGCGCUGGAGAGCAAUUUCCAUGAUUUCAUUUCGGAUCGCACCGGUUGCAAUGGUGCCUCCAUUGUCCUGCAUCCCGUUGUGCGCGAAUGCGAUGAUUAAAUGGGACAACUAACACUUUUAUUAGAUCUAAGUUUUGUUAACGUAUAAAUUAAAGUUUCACAAAGUUUAA